GUGUGCAGCCGUGGGGUGCCUUCCCGGUACGAGGAGCAGCAGGGAGCCGGGAUGGAGUGCAGUGCUGCAUCCCCCUUUCGUUGUGGGGGUUUGAUCGCACACCGCCCCGGCAGGUGCUAAAAUGAGGUGUGGGCAUGAGCUUCCUCCCACCACGUUCCCGUGCCAUACUAGCUGCGCGGGGCCAGAGCCGGCGCGGUGCAGCGAUCCAUCUCCCGCCGCGGCCGCUCGCUGCGUGGGGGCUUUGGGCAGGCGAGAAAAUCGCGGUUGCGCCUUUAAGCGGGGAGCGAAGCAUAUGUCAGCCCGGCGUUGUGCUGCGUGUCUGUGUGCUGAGUAAGGAAUGCGGCCGCAUGCCUGACCCGUUAGCUAUGAGCGCGGUACGGGCGCGCAGCGAGCGCGGCGGCGGAUGGGGCGGCUGCUCCCGGGCUGAGCUCACUCGGGCUGCAGCGGGUGGCGAAGAGGGGGGCGGCCGGGGGGGAGAGGGGGCUGCGCCGAGCCCCCCUACCCCGCUCGGCUUUUUCUUGAUGGUUUUUAUUUUUUCAGCCUGAAGGCUGGAGCCGGGGGGAGGCUGGCAUUGCUCUGCUGCAGGGGCGCUUUUUUGGUUUUUUUAGUAUUUUGUUUGCCCGCCAGCUGUUGUUUGGCGACGGUGAGAGGUGCCCCCGCGAGCCGCAGCCCAGCUGCCUGGAUGCCCGUGGAUGUAAUGAUUGCUCCCUCCGAGGACCAGUUCUGGACAGACAUGCGCGAGGGGCAGAUGAAGCUGAAAAUAAGGGUGCGGAGGAUGAAGGAGAGCAGGGACAAGAGAGGAGGCUUUGCCACCUUCUCAUCCUGCUUCCCAGGGCUCUGUGAGGGGAAGCCAGCUGCCAUCCUGCCGAUGAGCAUCUCCCAGCCGUGCUUGCCUGUGGCCAACGUUGGCCCCACACGCAUCCUGCCACAUCUCUACCUGGGCUCCCAGAAGGAUGUCCUGAACAAGGACCUGAUGACACAGAACGGGAUAAGCUAUGUCCUAAAUGCCAGCAACUCCUGUCCCAAGCCAGACUUCAUCUGUGAUAGUCACUUCAUGCGCAUUCCUGUCAAUGACAACUACUGUGAGAAGCUGCUUCCCUGGCUGGACAAGUCCAUUGAAUUCAUUGACAAAGCUAAGGUGUCCAGCUGCCAGGUGAUUGUGCACUGCUUGGCUGGGAUCUCCAGGUCAGCCACCAUUGCCAUCGCCUACAUCAUGAAGACCAUGGGUAUGUCAUCAGAUGAUGCUUACAGGUUUGUUAAGGACCGUCGCCCAUCCAUCUCGCCCAACUUCAACUUCCUGGGCCAGCUCCUGGAGUAUGAGAGGAGCCUGAAGCUCCUCAAGGCCCUGAAGUCCAAGGGCGACUGGGGCGAGGGGGACGUGCAGCAGGACCCGGCAGAGGUGGCUGAGAGCAGCCGGCAUCCCCCAACACCUACCUCAGAGAAGGCCGAGGAUGUGCCGAGGAGCACCGGCUCAGUGUCCCCCACCAGUGACCCCGAGCGGCAGGGCGGGACCCCAAAGGUCCUGUCACCCACCACCCUGCAGCAGGGGCUCAAUGGCCUGCACCUCUCCUCCGAGCGCAUCCAAGACACCAACCGCCUGAAGCGCUCCUUCUCCCUGGACAUCAAGUCUGCCUACUCCCCCGGCGUGCGGCAGGACCCCCCUGGGCCCCCUGGACCUGGGGAAGCCCCCAAACUCUGCAAGCUGGACAGCCCCUCGGGCUCGGGCAGCCUCAGCCCCUUCUCCCCAGGGGCGGACAGCCCUGACCGGCCCACGGGGCCCGAGCUGCUGCUGGAGGCCAAGGUGAGGCAGCGGCGGAAGCACCGGCACGCGGCGGGCUCGCCCGCCCACGGGCUCAGCCUCAACGUUGGCGGGACCUGCGCCACACGCAAGAGCCCUGGUGCCGAGGACGGGCUGCCCCCACGGCUCAGCCAGCCGCCCUCCGCACCCAGCGCCGCCACCAAUGCCUGGAACGGGGUGCACCUGGAGUCCCCCAGCGCUGCCUCGGGCGAGGCUGGCUGGUACUUUGGCAAGGACUCCGGCAGCGCUGGCGGCAGCACAGGCGGGGGCCUGUUUCCCAGCGCCGGCCCGUACCCGCCGCCAUUCGGCUGCGGCGCAGUGGCGGCCGGGUGCGAGAUCAGACUGAGGGACAAGGCGCGGGCCGAGCCACGGGACGGGCGGCACAGCUGGCAUGAGGAGGCCGGCGCCGAGAAGCAAUUCAAGCGAAGGAGCUGCCAGAUGGAAUUCGAGGAGACCAUGUCUGAGGGCAGGGCUCGGGAAGAGCUGGGCAAAAUCAGCAAACAGUCCAGCUUUUCGGGCAGCAUGGAGAUCAUCGAGGUGUCCUGACACUCAUCCGGGGUGCCUGGAGACCUGGG